CUGUAACACUUCCAGGGUGUGAGCUGGUCUUCUUAUUAGCGCUUUAACUCAUGCUGUGUGGGAGCUGUUACUCUGUGCGGCCAGCUUCCUCCACAGUGAGCGAGUAAUAACUUUAGAGCUCUACAGUAAGAAAGUACACCGCAAUAUGAGGAAGGGGUGGAGUGAUCGCAUUUUGUUUAAAAGUGUGAAAAUGAGAAGAAAAAAAAAACGAAAUGAGAAGUAUCAGAGAGAAGGAAAUAUGAGCAAAUGCUGAAGUAAAACUACGAUCGAGCAGCAGCAUGGAGUCUUCACCAAGACGCCACGAUGAGGACGGCAAGAGGGAAAUGCCUACAGUUGCAGGAUCCUCUCAAACCUGUCAUCUGACAGUCAGAGUGGUCUUUGCUAUAGCAGCAAUAACCCUGAUCACAGGACUCCUUUUUUCCUUCAUUUUAUUUGUCAUAUUGACAUCAGCACCUGAAGCAGAUCAGAUGUCAACGAAGGAAUUGCUGGAGCAACUGCAGCAGUGCCAAAAAAAGCUCCGUGAUGUGAGCCUCAUGCUUCACACUGUCACUCAAGACUCAAGGUGCAGUUUGUGUCCUGAUAACUGGCUGUGGUGGAUGGGUCACUGCUACUUUUUCUCAGUUGGACUGCAGGAAAAUCGUCAGUGGAAUGAGAGCUCUGAGUUCUGUCAGCAGCACAACAGCAGCCUGGUUGUGAUCAAAGACUCUGCAGAGAUGGAUUUCAUUCAGGGAGUGAUGACGAAGUUUUCCCAGAUUCCUUUCCUGUGGAUGGGGCUGACGGAUGCCGAGCGAGAGGGUCAGUGGCUGUGGGGGGACGGGACAGACAUCCAGCACUACAUGCCGGUGAUGGUGGAGUGGGACAGUGAUCACAGGGACUGUGCGGACCUGAGGGGAGGCGGGAGCCUAUUCGCUGCUGACUGUGAAGAGUACGGGCCGUGGGCUUGUAAGAAGGAGUACCGACACACAUUUUAAACCUUUAUUUACAGUUUACAAAGUCAGUUUUCCAAAACUCAAAAGGUAAACAAAAAAUGCUACAUAUGACUCUAAAACCUAAGUCAGAGAAAGGAAUAAAAGACAUUGAAUUAUUGAUGUGAAAUAUUUAUUGUGAUCUGAAAGUGUAUCAUAAAGUGCAUUCAUGUAUGAAGCGGCAGAGUGUUGAACUAUAAGCAGCAUUUUUCAGCCUUUACCUUCAGUUUUGAACAGAGUCAGCUUAUUCUGGCUUAUUAAUGUUUUUAAUAUAUAUAUGUUCACCCAGUUUUACAGAUACUGUUGUUUUUAUGGAUCGAUUAAAAACCUGAAUUGUUCUGAAAUAUAUAAAUGAAAUGUGUAGAGUGCCACGAUUGGAAACACCAAUAAAGUCUU